AUGACAUCAUUUGAAACAUUAGUUGAAGAAUGGGGUAAAUGGACGUCAAAAAAUGCAGAUGGAGGCGGUUCACGUAUAGAUAUCAAUGGAGAAGAUGCAGUUUUUAAAAAAUUAGGCAUUACAAGGAUUUCAUAUGAAAUAAGAGAUUGCAAAGUUGAAUCAUAUGAACCGCAACCGCCUAAAACUACUCAAACCAUUAUUGAUAGUAUAACAAACAACAGUGAUGGUGAAGUAACUAAAACAAGUACAAUUGAACGUGGUAGAUCAUAUUCAACACAAACGUCUGUAACAAAUGGAUUUAAAGCAACUGCUACAGCUGGUUUAAAACUUGAAAUAGCUAGUGCGGAAAUAUCAGUUGAAGUUAGUACAUCACGAACAGAAACUGUAGGGGGUAGUAAAGAAGAAAAAACAACGGAUAGUAUAACGUUUAAAAUUCCACCAAAAUCAAAAGUUGUUAAUUAUCGUUGGUCAACAAAUCAAAUUGCACGGUUUACGGGUAAAUUAAGAGUUUCAGGGCAAGUGGGAGUUUAUUUUAACAAUGCAAUUUGCAAUGCAUUUGGUGAUAGUUCUACAGACCAUCAUUAUAAAUGGUUUCCAAGUGCAGACCGCAUUGUUAGAUGGGCUUUUGAUCAAGGGUAUGCAGACUGGUUCAUUGACGAUGAAGGUUAUGGUUAUUUUGCAAUAAAUGGCAAAUCUGAAGCCACUAUACAUGAAUUUAUUGUUGGAGAACCCGAACCACUUUAA